UUACAAUGUGGACUAUAUUGCAAUACAUUAACACAGUGUGUUGGGAUGGAUAUAAUUGGAAACGAUCAAAAUACGUGCCGCCUCCUAAAUGGAUUUGCUGCUUUGAUACCAAUGCAUACAGCACCGGAGCAAGCCGUGAGAUACCAGAAGCUGUCGAACAUCAGUAUAGGCACGGAUUUCUAUUGCUCUGUGAACCUUACAAAUGGACACAUCAUAUCUACCAUCUGUAACCAAGGGACCCACCAAUGGAUGCUCUUUCAGAGAAGAAUCGACGGGUCGGUAAAUUUUAGAAGAAAUUGGUUUGAGUACGAAGUCGGGUUUGGAUCAAGAGAGUUAGAAUUUUGGUUAGGUAACAAAAACAUUCAUGAGCUGACAAAUGAUGGCUACACUUACCUUAGAAUUGAAAUGAUGGACCAUGAUUGUGUUUGGAAGUAUGCAGAGUAUUCGACCUUUUAUGUUGAAUCAGCCAUUUCCAAAUACAGACUGCAUGUUAAUGGUUAUACUGGCAAUGCAGGAGAUAGCAUGGCGUUCCAUAAUGGGAUGUUUUUCAGUACCUUUGACCGUGACAAUGAUCGUGGUUCACCUUAUAGCUGCGCAUUAGCAUGGCUUGGCGGAUGGUGGUAUAACGAUUGCCAUAGAUCCAACCUUAAUGGAGAGUAUGGAAACACAGGUGGUUCCAAAGGAAUCAAUUGGUAUCACUGGAAAGGGUUUAAUUACUCAAUGAAGGAAGUCAGAAUGCUGGUUCGAAAACCCUGACCUUAAAAAUAUGUGAGAGUAUAAAACCAUAUGCAUUGUGUUAUGGAACAUACAUGACGUUUUUUUUUGUACAAACUCAAAGGAAAAGUUGAGUUGCAAAAUUAUGAAUUUUACGAAUAUAUUUUGUGUUAUUGAAUUUUUAGUAUGGUAAUUGUUUUUUUUAAUUUGCUUAUUAACAUAGCGACCAUAUAAUAAUCAUAAUGGCGCUAACGAAACUAUAGCACAGAAGCAACGUACUAAACUGUCAAGCCGAUACUCUUUUAAGGAAAAAACGACUCGAUCUUAUAAAAAAUCUUAACGUCCGGUAAUGUUUAAACAAUCCAAUUUUUUCGAGCUCUGUCGGAAGGCCUGAGAAGUUGCGAUUGGAAUCGUAGUGUGCUUGUUUUAUUUACAUUAGAGGUGAAGAUGGCGGUUGUUUUCCUUUUGAAAAAUCGAAGCAGUACGUUGAUGAAUUAAAGUGUGCUUUAGUAAUGAAAUAAUUUAUGAAGACUUUUUAAAAUGAAUUUUAAAAUCCUUGCCAUUUUUAGUUAAUGUUCUUCCUCACCUAUUGAGGUAACUUUAGCUGCUUUCGUGUUUUUCAACACGGCGUGACAAAUCCUGGUUAUAGUUUACUAAUAUCUGUGAUCAUAUCAGGUGACAUUUAACUGACUUAACGAAUUGUAAUUGUACAAGUAUGGUCUAGUGGCUUCUGAACGAAUGUAUGGUUUAUUUUUUUUUCUAAAGUAGAGGAAACUUUUAAUCAUUUAAC